AUGCUUCGGACUUCUUUGCGGUCUGUGUCAGGCCCUUUAAGCCGACAUGUCUGUCUCUCUUGUCUGCCGCGCCCUGGCGCGCUCGGUUUGCGCCAGUUCCACCGCAUAUCUGCGCUCCGUACGAAUGCAGAUGAAAUAGAGCCGAAGAUCAAUUCAAUUGACGCGUCGACCGAGCCUUCAGUGCCGCUACCGCCCAAUGGCCAGAUCCAAGAUACAAAAGAUGCCGCCUCUUCCAAACCUCAGAAACCCGAGCCGUCGCAACCUAAACCGAAAGAGCUCACUGCUCAAAUAUGGUAUGAGAUGUCUGCCACACAAAAGAGCAAUUACAAACGGCGGCAUUACCCGGCCUUCAGAGAGUUCCAGCAGUCACUUAUAGCCGGGAGAGACCUUUCAUUCUGGGCAGCAUACAAAUUGGAACUGAGGCGGGCGAAAGCAGCACCGCGAGAGGCCAUCACGUCAGAUGCAGUACCGCUAGAAGCAGCACAGGUGGAAGCAGAAAAAGUCAAGGCCUUGCGGACAGCGGAUAUACAAGCCAAACGACAAGAAAGAAGGGCCAAGGUCAAGGAGAGAAAACGUUUGGCCAAUGCCAAGAUUACGACAGACGGACCAGCAGAUACGCCAGCGGUCAGUGAACCCAGCAAGAGCACGCUCGAGUUGAAGUCCACUAGCAAUGUAGUUGCCCAAAUAUUGGACGCCAGCUCUAAGAACGGUAUUGCAAGUUCGAAUGAGCCAACACCCACGCAGAAGGCGGACAAACCAGCACCCAAACAGAAGGCGGACAAGCCAGCACCCAAGCAGAAGGUGGAUAUUCCAGCACCCACCCCGUGGACGGAUAGGCCAGAAUUCAGGGACAAUGACGAAGUCCUUGAUUUCAUCAAAAACCACGUUACGUCUAAAGAUUGCGGGUCUGUUGACUCAACGGAGCAGAGCCUAAAAGAGGUGCGUGUCUCCGUGCCUCCUGUCCCACGCGUCGCCUUUGGUCUCGACCGAGUGCUUUUCAAUCCUGGUGUCUACCAGCUACGUGACCCUCGGUCUUUAGUCUUCAAUUUCGACCCCUACCUGGACCAGAUCAUGCCCGUGACGGAAUUUGACUUUAGUGCCUUGAAGCCAUACAUCACCUCCUCACAAGAUGAGACGGCUUGCGAAAUCACCAAGAAAAAUAAGAAGAAGUACUACGGCUCAUCAUCGAGCAUGACUUCAGUUCUCGCUCAUUUCCAUUAUCUUCUGUCCGCGUGGCGGCCUGUCGAUACUAGCAAAAUUAGUCGGGGUUUCGAUGACCCUCUGAGGACGUUCACCCGUCUCCUUCGAGCGCCGACUGCUAUGUUCCUCCGUUAUAAGGAAGAGGAGGAUAUUUACGCCAUUGAUGCGGACAAGGAAUACGACCACGCUAAUAUUCUUAUGAACCUGGGCAAGUCAAUGGAGAAGCAACUCACGAUGCCAAAGGAUCAGUUUGAGCGCUACCGCCGCAGUGAUGCGAACAAGAUUACUGCUGAGGAAGAAGCAAACACCCCGGAGUCCUACCACUACAGCACCCUCGGAAAAUUCCUCAUGCGAUCGCAGCUCGACGCCUACGAUCCCAGACUUCCAGGCACUGGCAUGUUCGACUUGAAAACCCGUGCGGUGGUUUCAAUCCGCAUGGAAUCCACGGAGCACGAGCGCGGGAUGGGCUACGAGAUCCGACGCCGCUAUGGCAAGUGGGAGUCUUACGAACGCGAAUACUUCGAUAUGAUCCGCGCCGCCUUCCUCAAGUAUUCCCUGCAGGUGCGCGUUGGCCGCAUGGACGGCAUCUUCGUCGCAUAUCACAACAUCGAGCGCAUCUUCGGCUUCCAAUACAUCCCUCUCGACGAGAUGGAUCAGGCUUUGCACGGCACGCCUAACACCUGCCUUGGCGACAAAGAAUUCGAACUAAGUCUCGGCCUGUGGGAGAAGAUCCUGGACAAGGCCACGAAGAAGUUCCCCAAGAAGUCCCUGCGUUUCCACUUCGAGGCCCGCGAGGCCCACAUCGACGCCAUCCAGGACCGCAUUCUCAACCCAGACCAAUACAUCGACGGCCAUAUCCCAGAGACAGCCGUGGAGGCCGACGAAGACGAACCCCUCUAUCCAGAAGAGGAGUCAGUCGAAAAGGACUUCCUGUUCCCAGGAGAGGAGUCACUCGAACCAGAGGAGUCACUCGAACCCGAACCUACCUAUUCAGAGGUGGACUCGACGGAAUCAAGUCUACAGGACGCUCCCCCAGUGGAAUCCCUGGCCGACGAGCUCUACCCGAAAGAGGCCGGCGAGGAAGAAUCCGACGCCAAAGCCGAAGAAGCCGAAGCAGAGGCAUUAGAAUACAAGCCCCUGUUCGAGCUGCCCGCCGAACCCAAACGCCCGAAACCAACCAAGAGCGUGAAUGGCGUUCCGGUGCAGCGGCCGACGUGGUUCACGGCGUCCGACAGGUGGACGAUUGACUACGAGCUCAACGUGCUCAGUGUGGAAGAGAGCAACCAUGUUCUGGCUGCGAUCAAGCAUCGUCGCAAUGUGGCGUUGAAGAAGAACGUGCAGGAUCAUGAUGCUGGUUUCUUCGCGAUUUUGAAAAGGGUCACUGAGAAGGGACGUGCUUGGCGGAAGAAGAUGGAUCAGAAGGAUCGUGAGCGUGGGCUUCUUGUUUAUAAAGAUUCUUGUGAUAUGUGA